CGCGGCUUGCGGGGAGUUCGCAGCGGCGGCGGCGGCGGCGCCCCCGGUCCCUCCUCCGGUCCCUCCUCCGCCCCCUCCUCCGCCCCUCCCGGCCCCUCCGCCGCCCGCUCCGGCCUCCGCCCGCCCGCUCCGCGACGCCCCGCGGCCAGGGGCGGGCGGCGGCGGUGGCGCCUCGUCCCCAUCCCGCAGCCGAGGAGGCGGCGGCGCUGACGCAGCAGCAGCGCGGAGCUCGGGACUCGCGGCGCUCCCGCCGCUGGAUUUCUCCCCCCCGGGGCCUGCGGCAGCCUCCCGGAUUGGACAUUGAUCCUAUGACGCAUGCCCGGAAAAAACAACUUUUCCUUCUAAAACAUCCAGCUGGUUCUGCUGGCCAGGCCUCGUCGCCAAUAGGCAGCAGGAGGAUGGACAGGGCCAACACAGAGCAGCGGGACGGAGAUGCCUCGGAGGCUCCAAACUGUCCCAGUAGGUUUGUAGGGAGUAACAAAAGCAAGAGUUUGCGUGAAGUGCGAAAGACAUACCCGCUGCGGAGGCGGCUGCUCCCCUCGGUGAGCAAAAAGACCUGCAAGGUGCUCCUCACCAGGCUGGAGGAUGUGGCUGGCUCUCUGUCCAAACAGACCCCAAGCUGUAAAAAAAAGCACCUUCCCAGCUGGGUUGAGGAUUUGGGAUCUGCUUUGUUCUCGGAACAAGUUCAGCCUGUGGGAGCGGGCAAGAGUGACUCAUCUGGGGAGAAGUGCACGGUAACUUAUCCUGGGCCGGAGCAGGACUUUGAUCCUGCUCCCUCGGAGCCCAGGAAGCGCCGGCUGGCCUCGCUGAACGCGGAGGCGGUGAACAACCUGCUGUUCGAACGGGACGAUGGCUUGUUAUCCGGCAGGCGCUUCCGCAGGGACUCUGGGAAGGCUGCUGGGGACUGUACCCUCAAGGGCUUGCAGUGCAAAGCCGGUGACAACUGCCCUGCCCUGGAAAAACCGGCUGUGAAAACAGGGAAAGGAAAGAACCGGCAUGAGGCCAGUCAGAAAUGUAAUAGCUGUGAGCAUUCGCUGGACGAGGUCUUUGAUGAUGGGGCAAAGAGGGAGGAUGGUGCCGUCUCCUACCAUCCCACCCCAAAGAGACUGGCCAGCCUGAAUGCCGUGGCCUUCCUGAAGCUGACCCACGAGAAAGACCAACCCCUGAAACAGAGGAGUAAAUCGGACGGAGAGGGCAAGUCCGAGAACCACUGUUCAAAAUCUACACUCAAAUGGGCCAAAGCUGGUCGGAAGAACUGUGUCAAAUCCAAGAAGGAAGUGGCCAGCUUAAAAAUGGACGGGCAGCAUGGCUGGCAAGGCCAGACCCUGGGCACAUUUGGGAAAGGGGAGCAGCGGGACUCUUCCAGGCUCUAUGGGACGUCAGAACCUGUCCCCUACGAGUCGCUGUCUGGCUCCUACGCCAGCACAGAGGGCUUCUACCACAGACUGCCUUUGCUCAUGGGAGGGCAAGCUUCCAUGAAGCCAGAGUAUGGAAGACCCGGAGAAAAAUCCCCAACCCCCAAACAGGAAUUUCAUCAGCCUUCCUUUCCUGUGCAGCAGUUCCCUCCCUUGCCUGUGCCCGGGAAUCACACGGAUUGUGGAUGUCUCUAUGAAUCCUCAGAUCUGACUCCGUUGAACGGGUUUUAUGUUUAUUAUGGCCAAAGUGGAUACAGUGGCUAUUCCCCCUGCUCCAUUUAUCCCAAGGAGGAGCUGUCGCAGGCUGCGACCUGCGAGGGGCUCCUGGUAUCUUCCGGUUCCUUGCCAUCAGGUGCUCAUUUCCAGCCCCUGCACUGGUGCAGCUCUCCGUACUGCUGCGGGGAGGGAGCGGCCGUGAGCAGCUACAGCGUCUGCGGCGUGGUGCACGUCCCGGAGGGCAGGAUCGGCAGCGUGCACACGGGACGGAACAGCUACCCCUACAAAAUGCCUUUUGCAGCAGAAGGCUGCAAGUCUCUGGACCAGCUGAACCUCACAAUCCCGGUGGCAGGACACCCCGCGUCACCUGCCCACCCGCUCUCAGGAUGUCCCGUGCCCAGCGUGCCGCCGGCUGCAGAGCCCGUUCCUCACCUGCAGACCCCCAACUCUGACCCUCAGACCAUGGCCCGAGAAUGUCCUCAGAGCUCCAAGCCUCCCAGCGGCUCCAAGUCCGGGCUGCGGAAUACUCCAGGCUGCCUGCACGCCUCCAACAGCAAAGCGGCGGGGGGCCAUUCCCACCCCAAGCAGCAGCGGAUCAGCCGGCGCAGAGCCACCAACGGCUGGAUCCCCGUGGGCACGGCCUGUGAGAAGGCUGUCUACGUCGUGAACGAGCCGGAGCCGGCCGUGCGCAAGAGCUACCAGGCUGUGGAGAGGGACGGGGAGAUCAUCCGGGUGCGGGACACCGUGCUCCUCAAAUCGGGGCCCCGCAAGAAAUCCAUGCCCUACGUCGCCAAGAUCUCCGCCCUCUGGGAGGACCCCAAGACAGGGGAGCUGAUGAUGAGCCUCCUGUGGUAUUACAGACCGGAGCACACUCAGGGAGGCCGCAACCCCAGCAUGCACCAGAAUGAGAUCUUUGCGUCGCGGCACCAGGACGAGAACAGCGUCGCCUGCAUCGAGGAGAAGUGCUACGUGCUGACCUUCGCGGAGUACUGCAGAUUUUGUGCCUUGGCAAAGCGUCGAGUCGAAGGGAUCCCGGGCAGGAAAACCAUCAUGGUUCCUCCUUCAGAGGAGUAUUCCACCCCUCUGCACCGCAAGGUGCCCGAGGACACGGACCCCGAGCUGGUUUUCCUCUGUCGUCACGUCUAUGACUUCAGGCACGGGCGCAUCCUGAAGAACCCGCAGUAGCACAGCCCUUCCUUCGGAGCGCGGCGGGAGUGGGCGGCACCGGAGCGGAGCGCCCAUGGCCUGGGAACACCUGUGCACUCCCACCCACCUCCUGCUGCUGCAGGUGGGAGCGCCCAGCGCUCCGUCCUGGAACUCGGGAGCGCGGGAGGAGCGGAGCCCAUGGAGGGAGGCAGCAGUUGAAAGCACAGCACUUCGUUAAAAGCAUAAAUGAAAAUAUAUACGUAAAAAAUAAAUAUAUGUAUAUAGAUAUAAGGAUUUGCAUAAGUAAAUCUAUAUCUAUAUAUGUAUGUAGAGCUGCAUCUAUUGGGAGAGUUUGCAGGGGAUAAAAGCCAGGAAGCAAUGCAGAGCCAUGGCUGGGGGAAAGGUGGGAAGGUACAGGAGGGAUGUGUCAGUGCAGUGUUUGUUGAGUCUGGCUGGGACAGUCGGUGGCUUUCGGGCCCUGAACUGCGCCCAGUUCUUGGCAGAGCACAGGAGAGUCUCCUUGGUCCUGCAGGACGUACUCUGAGGAUUCCCACAGUGAGAGCUUCUUCAAAAUACAGCUUUGGGAGCUGCUUGGGUGCAGAGUGGCCUUGUGUCAUGCUUGGAUAGUUGUUGCUCGAUCAGGGGAAGAAGUGACCCCUGUUCUCCCUCAUCUUUUCCCUCCCCUCACCUCGCUGCUCCAUGAUUCACCACCUAGACUGGGCCUUGGAGCCUGCUCCAUGGUGGAGCAGAGGGAGCUGGCAAGGUGGCAGGUGUCACACCCCAGUGUAGGGUUAGAGCUGGUCCUGUCCCAGGUGUCCUAACCGAGCCCACAGGAUUCUGUGCCCCAUUCCCAAGGCCCAGCACUCACUGACAUGCGUCACUUGGAAGCUUGGGGCUCACAAAGUGGGCUCUGCUGGGGAGAACCAUGUUUCCUCUUCUCUUCUGAGUGUUGCUCUUCCUCUGAUGGCUCAGGGGGGCCUGGAUUUUCUCUUUUUUCACAGUUUGGUUCCUGUAAUGUCCUUUACAGACCGUGCUUAUCCCCAUGUGUCUGCAGUGGGAAGAAGCCAGAGGGGGAAGUGGCAAACCCCUUUCUUGUGUGUUUUUGGCUUUUUAAAAUUCCUUCCCCAUGUGACUGUCCUGGUCCUGGGAGUGCUGUUGAAGCCAUGAGCAGCCUCUCCCCCUCCAAACUCAUCCCGGUGUCCGAGCAAGCUCACCAAAGUGGCUUUGUGGCUCCUGAAAGGACCUGAGCAUCGGGAAAGGUUCAUGUGGACCAUGCGAGCCCUGCAGGUCCUGCCUCUUGCCUUACCUGUACAGAUCCCAGACAGACCUUAGAUCCCAGACAGACCUUAGCUUAUCUUAAUGCUAACUUGGAGUUAAUCCCAAAGCAAACCAAAGGACAGUGUCACAUCCUGGGGAGUCACUGCACCAGGCUGGGAGCCCAGCCCAAGAUUGCACUAACGUACAGCAGAACCGACCCCGUGCCACCCACAUUCCUGCUGGCUGGAGCCGCUCACUGAAACGAGGGAUCUGCAUUUUCCCAGUCUUUUGAGGCUUCUAAACUUGUGUUUCAUGGUGGAAGUGUCCAUUCUGCUUUAAUGUCCCACCAGUGGAAGCAUCCCCUGUACUCCCUGGGCACGCAGGGCUUGUCACCUUGCUCCAGUGGCCACACACCUGCUGGGCCUGGAGAGAAAACCCACGGCAUCCAAUUCCUUGCAUGGAAUAGUUCAGGCACGCAGGAGUUCUCCAGAGAUUUGCUCUACAUACCAAAGAGGGGAACGUGUCCGGAGGCAAUGGCUUGAGGGGAUGAUGAGGUCUGGCACCCACCGCAGAGGGUGGGCAUCUCCCUGCAGCUGGUGGAUGAUUCCUGCUGGAAAAUUCCUGUCUAUUCCCACCUGCGUAGCCCAGGGAGAACACCCAGCUCCAAGAAGGGGGACCCCAGGUGUGUAAGCAAGAAUUGUCAGGUGAAGCAUCUUCUCUCACUUAUACCUCAAGAUACUGUUGGUGUCAAAGGGAUUGCCCAGAUCUCUCCUGAACAAUUUGCUUGGCACUGGGGGUCUCUUGGAAUGACGUUGGUGGGGCUGUGUUGGGGUGGGAAAUUAUGGCACUUCGGGGACAUUUGGAUGAAGGGGUGCAAGGAGGCAGUGGGAGAGUGUGGUCUCUGAUGCUUCUGGGGGAGGAUAUGAAGUAGUUUUCCCCUGUAGCAGAGAGGGAGAAUGCUGGAGGAGUGGAGCUGCUCCUGCCCGUGACAUGGAGGGAAUGGCAGCUGCCCAGCUGUGGGGGGGAGCACAGCAGCUGCACCCCACAGUGGGUGGAAGGUGAUGGGAAGCCCUAAAUCCACGUGUUUGUCUUCAUGGGGACUCCUUUGCCCCUGAACCUGAAGCAGGAGAGCUGCUGUGGCCAUUUCUCCCUGGCAGUGCUUUGGACACGGAAUGCUGCAAGAGCCACCGACUGGGUGAGCCUGAGCACUGCUGCAGCUGGGCCCAGGUGUGAGACCCAGCCCUGGAACCACAGUAACUCACCAAAAUUCCUCCUUCAGCCCCAUCUCCCCCUGCUUCCACCUUGUCCUGGCUCCUCUCCAAGUAGCAAGGAAAUUAUCCUUGCUCUGGGUCCGUAACGGGCUUCGGUCCAGCUCUGGAGAGGACAAACCUGACUCUUCUCAUGUUGAAUCUGCUUCAGGCCAUGAACAUUGAGGUUCAUCAUGGUUGCUGAUGCUGUUGUGCAAACAGCAUGUAAAUGAACUGAAAUGUCUUAUCCCUAAUGAAAAGAUUUCCUGCUUUUUUAAUCUAUUAGAUAUGGAAAUAUUUUUUGAAACUGAAAAAUGCAGUCGGUAGAAUUUAAAUCGAAGCGUAAUACAUGUAAAAUAUAUUUUAGUUGAUAAUUUUGUAAAAUGCACUUUUUUGUGUCUCUUCCCUGGUUUCCCAGAUCUGUAUUUCAUUGUUUACAGAUGGAAUGAGAACAUUCCCUAUUCCCUCCUUCUGUGAGAAAGAUAUAUUAGAAGUAAUUCUUAAAAAAUAAAUUUGAAAAAUCGUAUUGAUUUAG